AUGGCCAUUACACCCCGCCCCCUCAAACCCGGCAUCUACGUCCCAACCGUCGCCUUCUUCACCUCUCCCAACGAAGACCUCGACCUCUCCACCACCGCCCUCCACGCCACCUACCUCGCUCAAGCCGGCGUCACCGGUCUAGUCGUGCAAGGCAGCAACGGUGAAGCCGUCCACCUCAGCCGCGAAGAGCGCAACCUCAUCACUUCCACCACCCGUCGCGCUCUCGACUCUCACGCCCCCUCCGCCCCGCUCAUCGUCGGCUGCGGCGCCGCCUCCACCCGCGAGACCAUCCAGCUGUGCCAAGACGCCGCCGCCUCCGGAGGCGACUAUACCCUGAUCCUCCCUCCCUCCUACUACAAAUCCCUCCUCUCUCCCAAGGACCUUCUUGAUCACUUCCGCCUCGUCGCCUCCGCCUCCCCCAUCCCCAUCCUGGUGUACAACUUCCCCGGCGCCUCUUCGGGCCUGGACCUCUCCUCCGACGACAUCCUCGCCUUGGCGGAGCACCCCAACAUCGUCGGCGUGAAGCUGACCUGUGGAAACACGGGUAAACUGGCGCGCAUUGCCGCCGCCGCCGAACCCGGUUUCAUGACCCUUGGUGGUUCCGCUGAUUUCACUCUCCAGACGCUGGUGGCAGGCGGUCAUGGAGUGAUUGGCGGCGUGGCGAACCUGAUCCCUCGUUUGAGUGUGCGCGUGAUGGAGCUGUAUCAGGCGGGACAGGUCGAAGAGGCCCAGCGGUUGCAGGCCAUUGUAGCGCGUGCGGACUGGCAGGCUAUCAAGGGUGGUUUUGUAGCGGUGAAGAGUGCGUUGCAGACGUACCGCGGAUACGGAGCAUUGCCGAGACGGCCGUGUGUGGUGCCGUCAGAGGCGCAGGCGACGGCGUGGAAGGAUUCUUUUGCGGAGGCUAUGGAGCUGGAGAGACAGUUAGAGAAGCAGGCCUAG